CACGACUCAAGGCACAACCUGUACGUGCCACCUUCCCGGCCUAACUUCCCCAUGCAGGGGAUCAGUUUUCUGCUUCCCAACCGCUCUCCUCAAUCUUUUCCAUUUGGAUGGAAUGAAGAAGAAGAAGAGAUGCAAGAAGAAAGACUAAAGAUAGGUGAUAAAUUGGGUUCUCCACGGAUGAAGUUGAUUGUUUUGUUUGUAGUUCUCCUCUUCUUCCUCUGCUCUUCAUGGCCCAAGUUGGGGUCUGCAUCAGACGGGGGUCGGACCGAUGGAGAGAAGCACGAAGAGGGUAAGAAGCAUGAAGAAGAAGGAAGGAGUGGACUAAGAGGGCAAGAACCAGACGUGGUAGAGAGGGCUAUGGGCAUUGGCACUUUGCGGAGCCAUUGGGAUGUGAUCAAGUCAUGGUUCCAUCUCGCCAUUCUCAAGUCCCCACUUCACCGACCUGAUAUGAGGAAGGAAGAGACGCCUGGUAUAGUAACAGGUGCAGGGGAGGUGGUGAAGGAGGCCGUGUCCAAGAGCUACGAGACAAGCAAGCAUGCUGCAGAAGCCUCUGCAAAACUGGCCGGGGAGGCUGUCCAGGUCACAACCAAGAAAGUGAAGAGAAGCAUGCCUUCUUCCCCAAGACCGGAUGCUGAUUAUGAUGAAUUGUGAGAACGUUCAUUAAAGUGAUUGUAUAGCUCCCAUCGUUUCAUUCUUUCUUUUCCUGUGUUUUUCUUGGCCAGAACCAUAGCCAUACUGCGUCUUUCUUUCUUCGAUUUUUUGGUUGUUCGUCGACGUUGAAGGGAAGAUUGUAGUAAUUGCAGGCUUUUUUUUUUUUUUCCUGUAGCAGAAAUCUUGCUUA